AUGGAAUAUUUAGACAUUGGAUUCAAUGAUUUACCUGAUGAAAUCCUUAUGAUUAUUUUCCAAAAACUCGACAAUCUUGAUGUAUUUUAUUCUUUACAAGGUGUCAAUCAGCGAAUAAAUAAAAUUAUUCAGGAUCGAGUUUUUACAAAUCGUUUGAUUUUUGUUAAAUGGUUAUCAGAUAGUUUUAUCGAUCUAAUUUGUUGUGAUAUGAUACUUGAUCGAUUUUGUUUACAAAUUUUACCAGAAAUUCAUCAUAACAUUAAAUGGCUUGAUCUUGAAUCAUCAUCGAUGAAACAUGUUUUACGUACUGCUCAUUAUCCUAAUUUACGUAGUCUCGGUCUCUAUAAUAUUCAUGAAGAGUCACUUCAAUGUCUUUUUACUGAUGAAGCUCUUUCAUCUGGUAUGUUCAAAAACCAGAUUACAACACUUUUAAUUACAAUUGAUAAUAAUAAGAAAGAUUUACCAAAUCUAAAAUGUUUUUCCUUGUCAUGUAAUGGCGAAAGUUAUAAUUAUAAUGAAACAAUUCUUCCCCUUCUCGAUCGAAUGUUCAAUCUCGAAGAAUUGAGUUUGUAUCUGGCGGUGAAUGUUAAUGGAACAUUUAUUGAUGGAAAUCAUUUGAAGAGAAAUAUUAUUGAUUAUAUGCCACGAUUAAAUCAAUUUUCAUUUUAUCUUCGUUCAGUCAUGCAUAUUCGGAAUCAAGUGAAUUUAUCAUCAACAGAAGAUAUUAAACGCACAUUUAUUGACUUUUCAGAUCAUGAAAUCAUUUCUUAUGUUGAUUAUUUUCGCGAGGCAGAACAAGGUCGAUGUCAUAUUUAUUCAUAUCCAUCUUUUAUGCCAUAUUAUGGUGGUAUUUCAAAUAAUUUCCCAGGAGGAUUAUUCAAAUAUGUUCGUGCAGUAUCAUUGUAUGAUGAACAGCCUUUUGAUCAUGAAUUUUUUCUUCGAAUUGUUCAAUCAUUUCCAUUGAUGGAAAAACUGGCUUUAACUAAUAAGAAACCACAAAAUUGGAAGCAAUCUUAUUCAUCGAACAAUAAUAAUGAAAAUUUAUCUGUUAUUGAAUAUUCUUGUCUUAAUGAACUUGUUAUUAUCGAUGUUCAUGAUGAUUAUAUUGAAGAAUUUCUGAUUGAUACUAAAACGUAUUUGCCAAAGAAUGUCUUUCUUUCUAUCAAGUAUGCAUCAUUGAAACGUGUAACACAUAAUUUUGCAAGAGAUGCUACACGAAUUAAUUGUGUGAAAAUAAAUGAAUUGGAAUUAUUUCCUGAAACACGAUAUUCGACUUCUUUACAAGAAUAUUUUCCUUAUGCAAAAAUAUACUAG